GUGGCACGAGUCGAGACCGGCGGAAAGCAUCAACAGAGUUAUGAUGACGCUUCCAAGGUUUCUCGGGUUUCGUCUUUUACUUGUGAUGGGACUUCUUCUCUUGUCUUCUUCAUUAAUAAAGGGGGACGGUGACAGCUGCGUGAAUAAGUGUGACUACUUUGACAAGGGCACGCAUCCUCACUGUGGCAACUGUCGCCAGUUCAUCAAGUGCACGUGGGGCAGAACCUAUGCUCUAACCUGCCCCUCCAAUCUACUGUGGGACACCAAGAAGAUCACCUGCAACUAUCCUCACAUGGCGACAUGCAAGUGUGCCGAGUGCGGAAAUCCGGUGGACGAAUAUACGCCUGAACCAAAGACCAGGCCCACAGAAUACCCACAGUACGAGUGCCCCUCGAUGAUGUGCCGCGGUCACGGCACGUCGCUACUGCCGCACUGUUCAGACUGCCGUAAAUUCGUCAGCUGCGUCCACGACAAGCUGGCUGCCAUACAGCUAUGUAAUUAUUAUUACAAGUUUGACGUGUUCGAGAAAAAAUGCAAACCACCACUUGACGCUGUAUGUCUAUCGUACGAGACGCCAGUUCCAACACGUUAUCCAACAAGAGCUCCGACACGAUAUCCAACAAGAGCUCCGACACGUUAUCCAACAAGAGCUCCGACGCGUUAUCCAACACGUUAUCCAACAAGAUAUCCAACAAGAGCUCCGACACGUUAUCCAACAAGAGCUCCGACGCGUUAUCCAACACGUUAUCCAACAAGAUAUCCAACAAGAGCUCCAACACGUUAUCCAACAAGAGCUCCAACACGUUAUCCAACCAGAUAUCCAACAAGAGCUCCAACACGGUAUCCAACAAAAGCUCCGACACCUUAUCCAACCAAAGGCGAGUUUCAAUAA